GGCCAUUUCCGGUUGUUUACUAAUGUCAGUGGAGUGAAUGGCUCCCGUUAGUUUUUUCUAGCAAACAAACUUUGGAUAACGUGAUCAAACUAUGUUCUUGAGAGGGAGGAGACAGAACGGGACGUCAAUGAGCUGAAGUCGAGUGUAAUAAUCACGUCAACGCGGGGUAAACACACGCUGUGUCCGGGAAGAAUGAGCUGUGUGCCGCUGAAGAGGUCCUACAAGGAGCUGCCGGUGUGGAUAGUGGAGGACCACCACGAUGUGGUGGGCCAUAUUUAUCGUGCCAUUGCAUCAAGACACCUUCCACUGAAGAACAUAAAGAUGAUUCAUUUAGACUCCCAUCCUGAUCUGCUCAUCCCCGUCAACAUGUCUGCUGACACAGUGUUUGAUAAGGAGAAACUCUUCAGUGAGUUGAGUAUAGAAAACUGGAUCAUGCCCAUGGUUUAUGCUGGCCAUGUGUCAUGUGUGUCGUGGCUGCAUCCAUACUGGGCCCAGCAGAUCAGAGAGGGGGAGCACAGGAUGGCUGUAGGAAGAGACUCCUCCACCUCCACCAUCAGGGUGACCAGUACAGACAACUACUUCCUCAGUGAUGGUCUGUAUCUGUCAGAGAAGCAGUUGGAGAACUCCAAACCUUUCAGGCUGAAUGUAGUCAAAGUCAAUCCUGUUCAACCAAGUCACGGAUCACCUACAGGAAAGAAAACUGGAGAUGACACAGAGAGAUGGUUUGCCAAGAAACCCCGUACAGAAUGCAGUAAAGCUGGGGAGGCCAGCUGCUCUGAGCCCCUCUCUAGAUGUACUGACUUACUGCAACAGGGAGAGGGCAGCAACAUGUCAAGCUUGGGUGAUGAUGAUGACGAGGAAGGAUCCACCACUUACGUUGUUAAAAUAAUUUCUGCUAUUCUUAGUGAGACAGACCCAUACAUCUUGGACAUUGAUUUGGAUUUCUUCUCAUGUAAGAAUCCCUUCAAGGAAUUAUACACACAGGAAGAGUACGACAUCCUUAAGGAGCUCUACAACUUCAGAGGACCCAGCCCUGAUCCUGACGAGGAGGAGCUGGAUGAGUGUGUGGAUCGCCGCGUACAUCAGUUAGAAGACCUAGAAGCAGCAUUUGCUGAUCUGCUGGAGGACGAUGGGGAAGAGACGGUUACACGCUGGGCCAGCAACCCUGGCAUGGCUCCAUUAGCCAAACUGGUUUCCAGUUUGAAGUCAAGAAAUCUGUGCCCUGAUUAUGAAAUGGUCCAUCAGGCAGGGCUGACCUGUGAUACCGUUGAGCUGCCUCACCACAUCAGCACUGAUGAGGAGAUCGACAGACUAAUCUCAGCAGUACAGCUGUUUCUGAAGGCUGUGCCCAAACCUACACUGGUUACUAUGUCCAGGUCCAGUCUAGAUGAAUACUGUCCGGUCGAGCAGGUGGAUUUUGUCCAGAGCAGAGUUCUGGCUGUGUUGGAGGGCCUGUAUGGACCACUGGACGUUCACAAAGACUACGAAAACAGCAGCAUCGAGACUCAGGACUGCCAACCAAAGGCCUCUUAACAAACACAUGCAUACACACGUCACUUUUGGAUUCAGUGGAUGUACCGUUUGAUAAAGACAGCCGCAUAAAAAAAUGACACUUCAGAUGAUGUUUCAAUGAAUCUGUAAUUAAAUUUAUAUCUUAUCACCAA